UGUCAGUAACGCAUGCUUUUCUGUCAUAAGUUUCAUAGGCCUCGGUUGUGAUAGAUUCAAAACAAGAACAUCUUAAUUCUCGACGAAUCAAAUUAUUUGUUCAACAAAUUAUUCGUGUGUGUGGCAUAGAAUGCAGUUUUCGAAGCUAUCAAUUCUAACAAAUUUACCAUGUAAAUAUCAGCACAUAAGAAAUGUGUCAUCGGCAACAGCUAGUAUAACAAAAACCCAUCGGAUUUUCUAUUGCCGGCAUUAUCCAACAACGCUGGUAAAUCCAGACGGUUCAACACUUACCAUUCGGUAUCAUGAACCACGGAAAAUAAUUCAUUUACCACUUGAUUUGACCCUUUUAACGGAGGAAGAACGAAAACUUCGACUGGAACGUCGUAAGCCGAGUGUUGUUCUCAAAGUGGAAGAUGAUUUGGAUGACAACUUUAGCGCUAAGAAAUAUUUGCGUUACAUUAAAAAAUAGAAUACAAACGGUAGUACAAAUUGAAUGUUCCGUUGGACUAGACGAAAACGAAAAGAAUCGUUGCAUUUAUCUUACGUUGAAAAUGCAGAUUUAAGUCUAAUAAAUAGAGUUUGUUAAAAAAAUCAA